CGCCCGUCGAGACGCCUGACUCUCUCUCUCAGACGAGCACGCUCUCGACGUCGCGACGCCUCCGAGAUUUUUUGUAUACAGGGCGUACGCAAAAAGUUGUGUUAAGACGAUGCGUUUAUUUAAAAAGAGUUUUUAGUGGUUUUCUGGAAGUUUGAGCGAGUUUUGGGGGAAAUAUAUCUACAUCAACGUCAAUUAGGAGACCGCAGUUGACUUUAAUCGGGGUGUCGGGUCCUUCCGAGUGAGCCCUAAAUUGAUAGGGGGCCUCCUUGGGUGGGGCCAAUGAGCUCGGGGGCUCCCGUCGUCGGAGUCCGGCCUGCCCUUUUAUUGGGGCAAUGCGUGAAUUAGACGGCCCUUUAAGGAAACGAUUCCAGAUAGAAGGGCCUUACAUUCAUGUGCACCCUCUGCCUCAAUCUGACGAGCUGGAGAAGAGGAGUCCUCUCACAGCGCAGACGCCCCACUGCGCAGAACUGGAGGAGCUGCAGGAACUGCUACACUUCCCCGAAGAAGUCGCACUACGAUUGGCCGAUACCGAGUAUCAACUGUUUUACCAGGUUCCACCUAUCGAUUACUUACGACAGGUGACAGCUGACUUAGGGGGCAGCACCGGCACCUCUGAGCCCAGUCUAUCUGGCAACACAGCGUCCCAAUCAGCCAAAUCCUCUGUUGCCACACUUAUCAAGCGAUUUAACGAGGUUAGCGCUUGGGUGACUCAAUUGAUAAUUUCCCAACCCACCCACGAUGCCAGAAGGGCGGUUGUGUCCUGUGUCCUUCGGGUGGCCCUUUCCUCGUGGAAUAUCGGGAAUUUUAAUGGAGCAAUGGAGAUUAUUGCGGGACUCAAAUCCAACAAACUCAAACCGUUCUGGCUGUCGAUCACCGAGAAAGACACGUUGCCGAUUCUCAACUUCCUGUCGGCCGCUUUGUUAUCUGCCGAAUAUGAACGAGCCCUUAGUCGAGCCCUCGCAAUGGCCGAAUGUCCGGUGGUGCCCUUCUUCGGAGCCUUCCUCAGAGAACUACGUGAGAUACUCGCGAGUAACACUCCGGAAGGGCAGCCGAACACCUGCGGGAAACCCCCGAAGGGCAGCAGUAGGGCAGAACAAGCGCAACAGAGACAAGUGUUUAUAUCUGAUUACAACGGGGAAGAUCAUCACUUCACGAAAAUCGGACCGGGAGGUCUGAUCAACUUGGAAAAGAUCUACCGCACCCAAGCGGUGAUGGAUCACAUCUCCUUGUGUCAUCAGCACUAUCACACGAGAAACCGGAUCAGUCCUACCUGCCUUAUCAAUUAUUUAAAGUCUUCUACUCCAAGUGAACCCAGAGUGCUGUCGUCAGCUCCACCACAGACCGCAGAAUCCGACACGGAAUAUGAAAUUGACGUGGAUGAUUAUCACCCUGUUCAACCCUUAGUGCAUGACCAUGGGGUCAGUUUUGUGUGUCUCUCAUCCCCCAAUACGAAAAUUGACCAGCAUGUCAUGCAGAUUUUACACCACGGCAGCACAGUGGUCCUGUGGGAAAGCCAAGAGAAUCAGACCCCUUUAACCACCAAAGGGACCUUUCUUUAUUUGAGACUGGAUCGAUCUUCUACGGUGCUUACAUGGGUUAGGCCCAGUUGGUCUGCCCUUAAGGCAGGAAACACCAACGAGAGCGACCCGUUUUCUCAAGAUUUCAAUUUGAGUUUUAACCCUGAGGAUACCUUGGCGCCCGGACUAUUGACCAAACUGGCGUUACAGAGUAGUGGGGAGCAAAGUACAAUGACUACUUUGGACGACGGUUUUUUGGAUCUGAUGUCCAUCAAAGAAGUCCAUUUAGGUGGACGGGACUCAGACAAGGACAGCGAAUUGGCCGCCGUUGCCAGGAAAUACGGAUUAACACACGAACCUGGAAAAGAGUGCGCCUUCACCAUUUUGCACGGAAAUGGUUUGAGUGAUAAUCGACUUUUGUACAUUAUUUGUCCGCCUGCCGAAUGCAGGGUAUGGUACUCAGGUCUCUACUGGUUAAUCCGAGGCAUAUCUAGACUUAAUUCUCUCUGUGAUAAACGAUUGUUAUGGUUAAGGGAACAAUAUUUGCAACUCUACCACGAAGACGGGUACUGUUGCGGACCUUUGGCUGCUGACGCUAUCAGGUCCUUUGGUGGUAGAGACUGGUCAUUGGCCGGCACGAAACCUGGCACCCAAUCAGGAGAGACCUCAGGCCUAAGGCGCGAAGUCUCAAUGAAAAUUAAAAAGAAACAGAUCUUAAGCAAUCAAGCUUUUAAGGAUAAAAGUUUGAAGUCGUCCUUCAUAGAACCGGCAACGAUGGUAAUGGAGAGCUCAUAUUGGCGGAAUCCGAGUCACCAUAGACAGUCUACCCCCACCACGUUCGCGGAACACCAACCGGAUGUCGCGAGGCAUCACAGUUUAGGACAGUUGGCUUAUACUGCGACCUCUGGACCGGCUAAAUUUGAGAGGGAUAGACACGGUUCAACUGAGCACCUGUGGCAUGGACGUCACCCCAGGGUCGGCUCGAUCUUGUAUGAUACUCAGCUAGAUUUUGUAGAUUUCGUUACGUUAUUUCGUUCGUUUAGUUUGUUAAUACGAAAGGAUCUCCGAGAUUUAUUCGAGCAAUUAGCAAUAUCAUAUAGAAGUAUGGCUGUGAAUACUAGUAAGUUAAACGGCGUUAAGUCGAAAACGUCCGAUCACCAUCCGAGGAAACCUAAUAAGUUCGGACUGUUAACGAGGAAUAGCACGCAAGAACUUGAAGGCCAAGUGGUGAACACCCAAAAGAAAGUUUUCGAUGCCAUUGCCGCAGCAAGCAUCUUCACCAAUUGCGCCGGUAUCGACACCAAUAACUCCCAAGUGAUCACCUUGUCCACGUUCACCAAGUUCUUGGAUACUAGACAAAUGGAGACGAGAACUGAGGAGGAAGUGAAAGCGUUGAUAGAUAGGCAUGAGCCAGAUGCAUCCCUAAGGGCCCAGCACUGUCUCUCUUUCGAAGGGUUUGCCAGGUACCUUAUGGACAAGGAUAAUUUCGCUUUUGUGCCUGAGUGUGAGGCUCCCAAUGAGGAGGACAUGCGCAGGCCGUUGUCUACUUACUACAUCGCCUCCUCGCAUAACACUUACUUGACUGGACAUCAGCUUAAGGGAGAAUCUUCGAUUGAACUUUAUAGUCAGGUACUACUUUCGGGUUGCCGUUGUGUCGAACUCGACUGCUGGGAUGGCGAAGAUGGCUACCCAAUGAUCUAUCAUGGGCACACGUUUACGACCAAGAUACCCUUCACCUCAGUAGUAGAGACGAUUUACAAAAACGCCUUCGUAACCUCACCAUAUCCGGUGAUUCUAUCAAUAGAAAACCACUGCUCUCUACAGCAACAAUCCAGGAUGGCUCACAUCUUCCAACGUGUAUUUGGUGAACGUCUGGUCACGAAUUUCCUAUUUGAAAGCGACUACAGCGACGAACCGUCACUACCAUCACCGGAACAAUUGAGGAAUCGAAUAUUGAUAAAGAACAAGAAGUUGUCUGUUGAUAUACCGGCUCCGUUGUCCGCCAUGUCCACCCCAAUACGACCUGGUAGUGGCAUGAGACAUUCGGUUCCAGGUAGGACCAGUUCGAUCAUCAGUAACGCCAGCAGCAGCUCGUUUAAUGAUGAUUUUAGUGAUGAUGAUUAUGAUGAUGAUGAUGAUGAGGACAAUAUUGAUGAAAAGACCAUCCAUUCAAUCCUGACUACACCGAACGAAUCACCAAGACCUUACGGACCACACCCCAUAUCGAAAACCAGCUCCACAAAGCGAUCACUACCCACCGACGACAAAUUACGAAAGAAAGGCAGUCAGAUAUCCAAAGAACUUUCCGACCUGGUGGUGUACAUCCAGGCGAUCAAAUUCCGUGGACUGAACAACAUAUCGCCAAGUAGCUCUGUGAAGCAGAGACAAAAGACAUGCGUAUCAAUAUCAGGGAGUUCGAUUGUUACCACUGGUAGUAGCUCGGCCUCCAACAUAUCAACCUCGGGUAUCGGUAGCGAGUCCGAUAGUACCUUGUAUGAAAGUGAGAUUCAGGACAAAAAGUCUCAACGUCCCAACACAAACUACCCCUGCUACCAAUGUUCCUCCAUCAAUGAAAACACCGCCAAGAAACUGUGCAGGAAACAACCGUUGGCUCUGGUGGCGCACACGCAAACGCAGCUGAUGCGGACGUACCCUGCGCCCAUGCGUAUUGACUCUAGUAACUUUAAUCCGGUGAUUUUUUGGUCUUUUGGCAUCCAGAUGGCGGCCCUUAACUAUCAAACUGAAGACACCGCCAUGACCCUUAAUAAUGCUCUAUUUGAGACCAACGGCACUUGUGGAUAUGUCAGUAAGCCAAGGGUUAUGUGGGAUAAGAGUCACGUGAUGUAUAGAAGAUUCAACCCCUGGGACAAACAAUUCGAUGGCAUACACUCCUCACAGUUCGUCCUAAGUGUCCUCUCUGGACAGUAUGUAGCUCAGAACAAUGUCACCCUGAACGUAUACGUCGAAGUGGAAAUAAUCGGGAUCCAGAUCGACUGUGCCAAGCAAAGAACCAAAAUUGUACAUAAAAACGCCCUAAAUCCGAUCUGGAACGAGACUUUUCACUUCAGGGUGAUGUUCCAGGAUUUGGCAUUUUUAAGGUUUUCCGUCCUGGAUUCCACCAAUAAUCAUCUGCUGUCACAGAGAGUGGUGCCUUUGAAGGGUUUAAAACCUGGAUACAGACACUUAAGAUUGAAGAACCCUCAAAACCGAUUUCUUAACAUGUCCACUCUGUUCAUUUACUCCCGUAUUGAGGAGGAAAGCCUGGAAAAUACUGAGAACCGAGACGAUCCUCAAACCGAGAGUGAUUCCAAAGAAACGGACAAUUACGUCGCAACCUCUGGAACCCCUAUUUGUGUGAAAAGGAAAAUGUUCUUCUUGAUGGUGUAUGGGGUGAUUCCAGACGAACCAUCCACGAUCCUGAAGAUCACUCAGGAGUCCACCACGCAAGACGUACUGUUACUUUGCUUGCAAAAGGCUGGUAUCCCUCCUGAGAAGGUCAACGAUUACAUAUUGGUAGAAGAGGUUGCAAGAGGAUGGGAAAAGAAGGAUCACAACUUACCGGCCACACAGCGAAUCCUAGACUUACAAGAGAGACCCCUGCAAGCUCAGAGCCAAUGGAAGGGCGAGGGCAAGUUCAUUUUGAAACGUAUGGGUAAUGACCCCAGCAGUAGGGCCUGGUUAACUUCUAUAAGAAGUGUGGCCAAUAGGGCAAGAGAAGCCAGAAAAUCCGAGGGUGCACCCAGUAACGCCUGGGAAGAAAACGAUACUUUUCUGGUGUGCAUCUACAACGUUUCACCGGAAAUACCUUAUGCCAUUUUAAAGGUUCCAGUCAAUGCAUGCGCGCAAGACGUGCUCGCCCAAGGUCUACUGAAAGCGCGUAGACUCGAAGAUCCCAUGAACUUUGUCAUCGUAGAGGAGUUAGAGUGGGGAGGCGCCUCCCAUAAUAUACAGCAGAGGGCGCUCGCGGAUUAUGAAAACGUUUAUAGUGCGCAGUCGUCCUGGCAGACUAUCGGAAGAUUCAUUUUGCAGGAAAGAGCGAACGCUACUCCGACAGCUUUAAGAAAGAACAAGAUAACCUCAAGCCUGAGGUUAGCCACUUUGGAUCGGAUCAGUAGGGGGCUCAGUGUGGCAAGAAAUGUGGCUAGUAACAGCAUCAAAGUACCUGUACAGGUGGCGCUAAGCGAUCCGACUACUUCCAAGCACCAUCCUCCCACCGCUACUACCCGAACUCCCUCCAGAACGAAACUUCACUCGGACAAAGACCUCACUACCGCUAUUGGAGGAGGAGGAGGAGGAGGAGGAAGUUCAAAGAAAUCCCGAGAGGUUCACUCGGAAGGUGAAACUCUUUCAGAUGAAGACUUACAGAGUCGAGACGUCGAAGUCUUAUCGGCCGUCUCACGUUUAAAGAAAGUUUCCCUCAGGAAAUUUAAAGAGUGGAAGUCCUGACUAAGCGAGUAAGGUACCAGAGUGCGAUCGGCAAUAUACUCACAGAGUUUGUUUUUUACUGUUGUAAAUAACUAUUUUUUUUCUGAGUAAUUGUAUCAUUAGAAUACAGAGUGUAACAAGUUUACAGAUUAAUUUUAAAAUUGUCACACCCUGUAUAUGCGGGGUGGUUCUUUGAGCGAUUUUCCUCUCUAUAACUUUCUUAGUAAGUUUCGGUGUGACUUUUCAUGUAUUUUUUGUAGUUUCUUUCCUUAUUUAUUACAACAUUUUGUUUUUUCUCUCUUCUUUCUUUCUUCUGUCUUUUUUAUUUUUAUUUAUUGGUAAUAGAAUUUAUUUAGAAUUUUAAUUUUUACACUAAGCUGUUUUUCAACAAUUUUUAAUUAAUAUAUUGUUAUUAAUAAUCUUUUCCGUUUUUUUAUUAACUAGUAAAAAAUGAGCAUAAGAAUUAAUUAAGAAAAAGAGAAAAAUUUGAAGAAUAAAAAAAAUAGAGACACUGAAAAACAAUACAUACAAAAAGUAAAAAAAAAAGUGAGAUAACUAAACUAUAGCAAAGGUGAGACAAAAAUAGCAAAUUUUUACAUUAAAAAAAAUAUAAGAUGAAAAAGAGAAUAGAAAUAAAUUAAAAAGAAUAGUGAUUUCAGUUAAACAGUAAAAUCAAAAAUAAGAGAGACAAUAAUAAUAAAUAAAAUAAAUGGGAAAAAAUCAUGAAAAAUUAUAAAAUGAAUAGAUUUUCCGUUUUUAUCUUAAUUAGCCUUAAACCCCUUUUUUUGGUCAUUUUGUCCUUUUCUUUAGAAAAAUUAAUUUUUUUUAAUUUCUUUUAUGUUUUUUGGAUAAGUAAGAACUGAAAAAAAGAACAAAAAAACAACAAUUUACACAGGUUACAUUCUAAGAAUAAAUAAUGACAAUAAAUUGACACUGAAGAUGGUAAUGAUAAUGAUAAAUAUUUUUCUUAAAAAAUUAAGUUCAAAAAUGAUAGAAAGCAAAGAAAACAAAUAGAUUGUGCAAAGAAGUAAAAAGAAAGAAUGAAAAUUAAACAAAACUAAGUGCAAAAUUAUUAAACAAACUCGAAUAAAUAAUAAAAAUAAAAGGAGAAUAAGCGUAGAAAUAAUAACUAUAAUAAAAAAAUAUAUAUAUAUUUUUAAUAAUUAGGAACAUGUGGGGCAGACAAAUUACGAAGAAUAAGCCAAAAAUCAAUAAAAAUAAGACAAAAAUAACAAAUAAUAAUGAAACGACUAUAAAAAAUUAAAUAAAAUAGAUUCAAAUUGUUGGAAUAAGUAAGAAAUUAUUUUAAAUAUUUUUUUGGAAUAGGUGAAAAAUUGCUCUAUCUUUCUGGAAAUUAAUUUCUUAUUGCUUCCAAUUAAGAUCCAAUGGAUAUCCAAUAAUUUCUUCAAAAAAUACAGUGGACGUUAUUAGGAUGAUGUCACAAAAAUAGAAAUUAGUCCACUGGACGAAUAAUUGUCAAUACAAAGGCAAACUUUGUCUUAUCUAUAAUACAGGAUGUUCAAAUGUAUUUUGUGUAUUGUAUCUAAAUUAUUAUAAAGCAAAAAAUGAAAACCUUAGACUCUUUUUUUUACAAUAUUGAGGUUUCAAAAAAGUAUUUAUUUUAAUAUUGCAAAUUUUUAUAUAAAAAAAAAUGACAAACAUAAUUUUGUUAUCUAACUAUAACUAGUAAAACAAAUAUAGAAAAAAUAAUAAUAUUAUACGAAUCAAUAAUUGUAUGUGGUCAAAAGUAUGAAUAAAUAAAUAAAACACAAUUAAAAAUUAAAAAAUAUACAAUUGCAUGUAUACAAUGUCAAAAAAAGAAAAAAAAGGGAAACCUAAGAAAGCAAAAAAGUAUAUAUAUAUAAAUAUACAAAAGUGUUCAUUAAAAAAGUAUGAAAGAAAAGUAAGAUAUAGAUAUAGCUACAUAAAAUAGUACAUAUAAAAACAAUAAGUCAGUCUGUGUGUGUGAAGUUAAAAUUAAGUAUUAAAAAAAUCGUUUACCGAGUAAAAGGCUCUCUCCGGUAGGAAUGAUUUUAAUGCCUUACGGAAAGUAGGAAAAGAUGUGAUGGACUUGAUGUUCAAUGGCAAAAGAUUGUGCAUUUUUUUUGCUUUGUACAAUAUAGAGUUUUUUACCAAUUCUGAAUGUGGAGUAGGCAGAUAUAAAUCAUACUCCGCGUUUCUGAGAGGAUAAUUAUGGGAUGGCCUAUCUGAAUUUGAUGAAACGUGCUUGCGAAUUAGACAAACGGACUCAUAUAUAAGUAGUGACGGCAAAGUUAGCAUAUUAAAUUUUUUAAAGAAAUCUUGGCAAUGACCUCUAUAUCUAAAAGUCUAAGUGUAUAACGCAAAGCUGUCUUUUGAAGUCUGAAAAUUUUGUCAAAUUGAGUGACACUACACACACCGCAAAAAGGAAGGGCGUAACGAAGGUGUGAGAGGUCAAAAGGUCAAAGAGGGAAAAAUACACUGUUAUAGAGGUUGAGAGGCUAAGCUCCUUGGAAAUUGAUGUUAGCGCAAAACAAGCGGAGCUUAAUUUUCUUGUUAAAGGGUUAAUGUGCAUGUCCCAUUUUAACGACUUGUCAAUAGUAAGCCCCAAAAAUUUCACUAAGUCGGCUUCUUCAAUGGUUGCGUUAUCCAGUACAAAAGAUUGCAAAUUAUUUUUAAAGGACAAAUAUUUAGUUUUGGAGAUGUUAAGGAAGAGAAGAUUAGAGUCGCAUCAUGCUUUGAUAGAAGUUAAGUCACUUGAUAUGAUUUUAUGAAGUUCGGCAAUAUCCGGAUUACUCCAGGUAAAAUUAGUAUCAUCCGCGAAUAGGCAGGUUCUUCCUUUAAUAUUCAGACUAGCGAUAUCAUUGAUAAAUAUGAGAAAUAAAAUAGGGCUAAGCACUGAACCUUGAGGCACUCCACAUUCUAUUGGGUUGCAAGAAGACAUCGUAGCAUCAAUCCUCACAAACUGACUCCUGUUAUUGAAAUAUGACUUAAACCAUUCGAGGGGCAUACCUCUAAACCCGUAGUGUUGCAACUUUUUUAUUAAGAUAUCAUGGUUUACGCAAUCAAAAGCUUUAGAAAAAUCACAGAAGAUUGUUGCCGUAGGAUGUUGGUGGUUUAAGCUACAGAAUACAUUAUUAAAAAGGGAAAACAUAGCAUCUUUUGUGCAUUUGUUAUUUAAAAAAUCCAAAUUGUUGAAGAGUGAGUAUUUUAACUUUCAGUAGAAAUGAUAGGAGCCUUUUUUUCACUCAUCUUUCAAUAAUUUUUGAUAGUGUGGGAAGAAGAGCAAUUGGGCGGUAGUUGGAAGACUGAUCUUUAUCUCCUCCUUUAUGUAGAGGGAUUAUUAUUGCCUUCUUAAGGCAGUUGGGAAAAACUCAUUUUUGAAACGACAGGUUGAUAAAAUUUGUAAGAUGGUUUAAUGUACACUCUGGCAGGUUUAGAAACAUGUUUAACGUGAGUCCAUCAGUUCCAGAAGAGCUCUUUUUUUUGAUUUCCCUAAUCGUACUGCGAAGCUCAGGUAAUACUAUUGGCGUAAAGAAAAAACUGUCUAAAUUCUCAUCUGCACUAGAAAGAUAAGAAAGUGGAUCGUGGGUAGGAGCUAUGGUACUCAUUAGAUUCUUCGCUACAUUUACAAAAUAAUUGUUGAGGUUCUCAGGAAAGGUAGAGAUAGUAUUGGACUUAGAAGGUUUAUUUCUCAGAUUAUUACCAAUCGACCAUGAUUCUUUAGCGACAUUACCAGACUUUGCCAGUCUCCUGUUAUAGUAAAUGUCUUUUGCCGCUUUUAGAGUCCUUUGAUAAAUUUUCUUAUAUAGGCUUACAUAGUCAUGAAAGAAAGCGCUGUCCGAGAAUUUUCCAAAAUUGAAUAAUGAACGCAAGUUCUUAGUAGAUGUACGUAAGCCUUGGGUAGACCAAGGUUUAUGUUUUUUCAGUUUGAGAGGCCUUAAAGGAAAGGAUUUGUGAGACAGAUUAGAUAGCGUUUUUAUAAAUCCAGAGAAUUCUGAAUCAACAUCAGAAGAGUGGACAUUCCAGUCAGUAGUUAGACACAGGUGCUUAAAAUUUAGAAAAUUUAGAUCUGAGAAGAUACGGCCUAAUUUGUGGGAAACAUUUUUAGUUUUUGAUAUUAUGGAAAACUUUGUUAAUACUCAUGAUCUGAAAAGCCUGAGUUUACAGCCAACGAAAUCCGGAUCGAAGGAAGAUACGAUAUAGUCUAUUGUACUCGAGCUGAUUUUAGUUAUGGUUGGUGAUUUAAUGUGCAUGAUUAAGCCAAAAGAAUCGAAAAUGGACUGAAGAGAUUCUUGAGCCGCACACACACUGGAAAAAUCAAUAUUUAGGUCGCCACAAAAAUGAUUUUGCUGUUUAAAGGCAGAGACUCGAGCAAGCUUAGUAAUUUUUGAAAGAAUAUAUUUACAUCAGCGUCAAGUGUUUAUAUAUACAAAUUAUAUGAAGAUCAUAUUUAUUACUAUAGAUAAUGGAAAAUUCAAAUAGUUUUUCAGUUAUUAAAUUAUCGAACUUGGUUACUACUUAAAAGUCGUUGCUUUUAGACAUUAUCAAAGUACCUCCAUGAGAUACAUUUGUUUUAUUAAAUCUGGCCACUGUAGAGUAAUUGUUAAUAAAAACGGGCUCAUCGAUUUUUAACCAAUGUUCAGAUAUGGCAACGAUAUCAGGAAAAUGAAGCUCUUCUAACAAAAGAAAUAGAUCGUCAGUUUUGUGUCUUAGAGACUCAAUAUUUAGAGAGAAAAUACUAAGCUUGUUCUAAGCAUAUUCAUUCACAUUAUAAUAUUUAAGUUUAUAUUAAUGUAACAAUAAAAGUUUCUUUAACACAAAUAUCAUCAUUUAUGUUUUUACUAAACCCAAAAACUUUUUGGAAAUACCUAAACGCCAUGAAAGCAUAGUUGCAAUAUCUCAGAGACCUAAUAAAAUAACAUAAAAAAAAUAAAAUGAAAAAUGAUUGAAAAAUAUUUUUUUUUGGCAUCUGGUGCCAUUAUUCAUACCUUCCAGGUAUUGUGAAUGACUGACAAAAAUUCUAAAAUAUGUCAAAAUCUAUAGUAACAUUGAAAAUAUGCAUAAAAACCUGGAAAAAUCUAUUUCAAAGGCCUGAAAUAAAAUUUGAAAUUAACCUUAGACCUGGAGUAUAAAAAACUUAAUAAAAAGUUACAUAAAAUACCUGACAAGCAUGAACAAAUAUUUGCAAUUCUCAGAGAUAUAAAUACUAAUAUAAAAUAGAUGAAAGAUAUUUUUUAAUAUAUUUCAGGCAUAUCAGGUUUAUUUUUAUAUGCCUUCCAGGCAUUGUAAAUAGUUUUUCAUGUCUUAUAAAUUCCAGACUUUUAACUUUAUUCCUUUUUUUAUUUAUUUUGGCAUAAUAAUUUUAGGUAUCUGGAAGGAACUUAAAAUAAAUUAAAAUGCCUGAAAUUACAUUAAAAUACGCAGAUUCAUAAAUUAAAAAAAAACUGUAUUACUCGUAAUCGUAUAUGAGAUAUUCUAAUUACAAAGCUUUUGCAAAGUCUUGAAAUUUGAUAAUAAACUACGUGCUUAAUUUGGAAAAAACAGAGAAAUGAUAAUUGCAAAAAUGUAUUUCUUUUGAAAUAAUUUUUAAUUUUGUUGCAGGCAUUUGAAAAAGUUUAAUUUUUUAAUAUGUUCUAGUCAUUGGAAGUCGUUUAUGACGCUUUAAAUUUAUGAAAAUAUUUGAAGUCCAAUGGAUGGCUCAAAAUCAUUAUCCAUAGAAUGUCCAUUAAUCCAUGGACAGUUUGCUUUAGUUUGGACCAAUACUGAAAUCUAUAGGAUGAGGUGUGCUAUCUGGGUAAAUGCUUACUAUAAUUGAUAUAAAAUUACUUCCAGUACCUGAAAUUAGUAAGAAACAGCUUUAACUAUCUAGAAAUCAAUGUCUUAUGGCUUUCAAUUAUACGAAUUCAUUUGCUAAAGGCAGUUGAAGCCAUUCUUUCCAGGUAUUUGAAGUCAUUUCUUUAUUGCUUGGAUAUUUUUGACUUUUUUCAAGGCAGUUUAAUUGCGUAUCUACUUUUUUUUAAAUAAUUAAUAAUGUUUGAGAAACUCAAUUCACAAAAAACACCUGAGAAAACGACCAGUAAUAAAUAAAAAAACAAGGACACAUUAUUUUUUUUUAGUAUAAAUAAAGAGAGAAAUACAUAAAGGAAUAAAAAGAAAAAAAACACAAUUAUUAAUUAUAAGAGAAGAAAAAACAAAUAAAUUACAAAGACAUAAAACUUUGGUAGGAAGGAAGCGAGAAUCAAAGAACCACCCUGUAUAUUUUUACAUAAAUAAAACGCCAAAUACAAUUGUUUAAGUUAAAGCUUUAAAUUUCAAAACCCCAAUCUACUAUAUAUAUAAUCUAACUCGUUAAAUUUAUAACCAAAAAAUACAUAUAAGUUACGUUUGAAUGUUACCUAUAAUUGUAUAAUAUUUAUAUAACGUACAUAAUAUUAGGGUGAAAUUUGUUAACAUAUUACGCACUUUAAAAGUCAUAUACAGGGAGAAUAACAAAGAAAUUCAUUCUUUGUCAUUCAAAGUUUCCCUGUAUAUGCUGAUAAGGAACAUUUCAAUACUAAACAGUGUGGUCAAUUUAAUUUUCCACCAUACAUACUAUAAAUAAGUUCAUUAAGAUAGAAUUAAGGGUUUUAUCCUAUAACUGUCAUAUCUUUGUUUGAUUUUAAUUACACACGUCACCAAGUGUCUUGUUUAUAUACCGGGUGUCUUAUAUACUCGAGCCACCCUGUACGUAUCAGUAUUUCAUUUAUUUAUUAAUACAUCUUGCGUGUCCUUUUUGCUAUUAAUGAUAUAAAAGAUAAUAUUUAAAUACGUUUUUAUUGUUGUAAAGUAUACGUAACCUUAAAUUUGCUAUAAUAAUAUCAUUUAUAAUAAGUCUCGUCACUAUUGUAUACUUCAGUACAAAAUAAAUGGAGAUUUUAUUGUUUUUAUUGUACAACUAAACAAAUUAAAAAAAAAAACAUAUUGUUAAUAUUUAACAAUUUAUAAAAAUAAAACAAAUGUUAAAGGA